ACCAUAGCAACAGGUUAGGACCGCAACAAGAGGAGGCAAGGAAGUUCCUCCUUGCUUUGACUUCAUAAAUAACUGUUAAAGACAUUUUUUUUCCUAGCAAAUAUGAAGACCUCGGAGGAUGCAAAAGACAAAAACACGGAGCAGAUGGCGGCAUGUCUAAAAUCAUUCAUGCUGAAGAGCAGCACGAAAACUAACCUCAACCUAUAUGAUCACCUUGCCCGGUUGCUUCAUAAGAUUCUGGAUGAGCGUCCCGAAAAUGCAGUUGACGUGUUUGAGGACAUGAGCCGAGAUUUGAAACGAGGCCUAAUGCAGGAGAAGCGGAGUGCCUUGCGAGAUAUGCCAUUCACUUCUGCACAGCAAGAUCUUGCUGAACUUCAACGGAUACUGUUUGCACGCCAGCCAGGUGACGAUGGGGAUCACGACGACGAACUGGUUGAGGCCCCAAUACCCAAUGUGGCAGAGCUGGCGUUUUACCUGGAGCAGGCCGGUGUAGGGAUGGAGAGGGAGGAGAUGCAGAGGAUCUUCUUGGCACUGAAGCACCUGGUCGACACGCAGCCCCUGCAGCGCUGCCGCCUCUGGGGCAAAAUCCUGGGCACUGAGGCCAACUACCUGGUAGCAGAGGUGGAGCUGAGAGAGGGUGAGGAAGAGGAGGAGGAGGAGGGGGCGGAGGAAGCGGCAGAGGAAGAAGAAAAAGAGCCACGUGAUGAGGAGGAAGGAGAAGUUGUGGAAGUGGUUGACAACCUUCCAAAAUCUACACAUAAACCCCCACCAGUUGUGCCUAAGGAGGAAAAUCGCACUGGCACAAACAAGUACACAUACUUUGUUUGCCAGGAGCCUGGCUUACCUUGGGUCAAACUGCCUAGCGUCACCCCUACCCAAAUCUCAGCUGCUCGACAGAUCCGAAAGUUCUUCACAGGGCGCCUGAACACUCCGAUCAUCAGUUAUCCACCAUUUCCUGGCAAUGAGGCCAACUACUUGCGGGCCCAAAUUGCACGGAUCUCGGCUAGCACACACGUCAGUCCUCUGGGAUACUUUCAGUUUGGGGAAGAGGAAGGCGAGGAUGAUGAUGACGGCGCUCGUGCCAACUUUGAGGAGAACCCUGACUUUGAAGGCAUUCCUGUAUCAGAGAUGGCAGAGUCAUUGUCCACAUGGGUGCAUCACGUUCAGCAUGUCCUAACUCAGGGUCGCUGUGUCUGGGUCAACCUGGCCGAGAAACCCGCAGACGAGUUUGACGAGGACGAGGAGGAAGAGCAGAGAGAAGAGGAGCCCGAUGAGCCGGAGCCCGAAGUGGGCCCGCCCCUCCUGACCCCUCUGUCUGAGGACGCAGAAGUCAACAGCACCGUUCCAUGGACCAGUGGCCUAUCCUCAGCUCUCAUACCUCAAUUUGCCAUCGCUACUCUGCGCUCAAACCUCUGGCCAGGGGCCUACGCCUACGCCUGCGGGAAGAAAUUUGACAGCAUCUACAUCGGAUGGGGCCUGAAGAGCGCCGACUCCAAGUACGGCUACAGCCCCACCAUGGUGCAGGCGCCCCAGGCCGAGUACACGAGCGGAGCGGAGGUGACGGAGUCCCUGGAUCCCACGCUGGAGGAGGAGCAGGCCCUGAAAGCCGCCCUAGAGGAGCAGAGAGCCGCGCAAGAGGAGGCCGAGGGCCUGGACGACGAAGAGGAAGAUGACUGAGGAGGAGAGGAGUGCUACACAAGACAUCUAGACCAAUUUCUUUGUUUUCUAAAGAGGGCAACUAUACAUCAUACCCCUAUUUUAAAUAAAUACUGGACUUCAGCACACAA